AUGGCAGCGAUCAAGCUGUACCAUUAUGAACCCUCUUUUAUACCCGCCCUCGUUGUUUUGGGCUUAUUCUUUGCUUCUACGCUUGUUUGUUUGAUGCAGGUGGUGCGAUGUAGGACUUGGUUCUUUAUUCCUUUCCUUCUCGGUUGCUCAGUGGAAACUGUUGGUUAUGGAUGCCGUGUGUGGUCAUCGCAAGAGUCGCCAAACUGGUCGACUCUUCCUUAUGCAAUCCAGACCUUUACCCUCCUUUCAGGUCCAUUUCUGAUGCUUGCUACUAUAUACACAAUCCUUAGCAAGAUAAUUAUCGUUUUAGAUGCAGAUAUACACUCUCUUGUUCCCGUCAAGGUCUUGCCCAAGGUCUUUAUCUUUGGAGAUUUGAUCUCCCUCGCAGCCCAAUUGACAGGUGCUGCUUAUCUAGUUAAUGCUACAGAAGUUCCUCAACAGAGGACAGCCCAGCUCAUCAUUGUGGGCGGCCUCUCAUUCCACAUUUACUUCUUCGGCUUCUUCAGUUCCGUUCUACACAUCGCUUACACCCGUGUUCUUGAAGCCCCAACACGUCAGAGUACCAUUAUAACCAUGCCCUGGAGACGGUGGAUCAUCGUUCUUUACCUCAGCUGUGGCCUCAUUCUCGUCCGGUCCGUGUAUCGCGUCAUCGAGUAUGCCACCGGCCCCCUCGGCGUUGUCCAAGGCACCGAGAUAUACUUUUAUGUUUUCGACUCUGGAUCCAUUUUCAUCAUCACCUGUCUUUUCAACAUCUUCCAUCCUCGUCAACUAGCCACUAUAUCUAAAGAUGAUCUUCCAGAUCCAGAGACUGUCGUCGUUACGCCUUCCAAGCCUAUGUCUCGAUAUCCAUCGCAGACACCUCCUCGAUACAUGCAACCCCCACCAUUUCUUCCUUCACACGCAAAUUUGAGAAAUCGCGGGCCUUACUUUCAUUAUCCAAAGUCUCAGUACAGAAUAUCCACCUCCGAUGCACUACUACCAGCAACGGAGACCUCAUACACUGGUCCAUCAUCGACCACGGACAAACAGGACGUACAAGAGCUUUAA